AGAAGGACAGAAACUACAGCCCCCAUCAUGCAGAGCGCCUCGCUGAAGCCUUUAAUAGGGUAGGGCUGGGAGCAAGAUGGCAGCAGCGGCGGCGGCUCCGACUGCAAAGGGAAAGGGAGCGGCGCAGAUAAGGCUUUCCAUCCAGGUUUCACGCUGGUUUUCAAUUAAGCUUCAUGUGUAGCAAUUGCAGCUGGUCUACACAUCAUGGUUCGGAAAGGUGUUUGCUGCUGCUGUGCUGCUUUGCGCCCUCGCUACAAACGCCUGGUGGAUAACAUCUUCCCUGAAGACCCAAAAGAUGGGCUUGUCAAAGCUGAUAUGGAGAAGCUGACUUUCUACGCCGUUUCUGCACCUGAGAAGCUCGAUCGAAUUGGUGCUUACUUAGCAGAGCGACUGAGCCGGGAUGUUGUCAGACACCGUUACGGAUACGUUUUAAUCGCCAUGGAAGCCCUGGACCAGCUUCUGAUGGCCUGCCGCUCGCAGAGCAUCAAACCGUUUGUCGAGAGCUUCCUUCAUAUGGUAGCUAAGCUGCUGGAGUCUGGAGAGCCAAAGCUGCAAGUUCUGGGGACCAAUUCAUUUGUUAAAUUCGCAAACAUUGAGGAAGAUACUCCUUCAUACCACAGGCGCUAUGACUUCUUUGUUUCCCAGUUCAGUGCCAUGUGUCAUUCUUACCACGAGGAUCCAGAAGUACAAAAUGAGAUCCGAAUUGCUGGAAUCAGGGGCAUCCAGGGUGUGGUUCGCAAGACUGUUAAUGACGAGCUGCAGGCAACCAUAUGGGAGCCUCAGAACAUGGACAAGAUAGUGCCCUCCCUGCUGUUCAAUAUGCACAAGAUUGAAGAUGUUGACAGUCGGAUCUGCCCCUCUUCGUCAGCCUCGGGAGGGGAAAAAGAGGAAAACCCCUCUGCGCUGUCUGAGAAUUGUUUCAGGGAACUGCUCGGCCGAGCAACGUACGGCAACAUGAACCAUGCUGUCAGGCCAGUUUUUGCACAUUUGGACCACCACAGACUGUGGGAUCCCAACGAAUUUGCUGUCGCCAUUUUCAAAAUCAUCAUGUACUCAAUACAGGCGCAGUACUCUCAUCACGUGAUACAGGAAAUUCUGGCGCACCUGGAUUCUCGCAGGAGAGAUUUCCCCCGAGUCCGAGCAGGUAUCAUCCAGGCCCUUUUGCAAGCAGUGGCCAUUGCUGCGAAAGGUUCCAUAGGCCCAACUGUCUUAGAAGUCUUUAACACCUUACUGAAGCAUCUACGUUUCAGCGUCGAUUUCGAAUUGAGUGACAGGCGUAGUUCAGUGAGCAGUGCCAGCUUCAGUGCAAGUGCCAAGGAGAAUGACGAGAGAAUUGUCCAGAAUGCUAUCAUUCAAACAAUUGGUUUCUUUGGAAGCAACCUGCCAGACUACCAUCGGUCCGAGAUUAUGUUGUUCAUUAUGGGGAAAGUUCCUGUUCUGGGAGCAACUUCGCACACACUGGACACAAGCCAGUUUGGGGAUUUGGGAACCAGGCGAAUUCAAAUUAUGUUGCUGAGAUCGUUACUGAUGGUCACAACAGGAUACAGUGCCAAGACCAUUUCUGCUGCCCUGCCCGCUCCUUUUCUGGAUCCUUUGCUCUCUCCUUCACUCAUGGAUGACUCUGAACUCAGACAGCUGGUCCUGGAAAUACUGCACAACGUUAUUGAUCGGCAUGACAACCGAGUGAAGCUCAGAGGGAUAAGAAUAAUACCUGAUGUUUCGGAUCUAAAGAUAAAACGGGACAAAAUUUCAAGGCAAGAUGCGAAUUUCAUCAAAAAGCAUGGGCAGCAGCUGUAUAGGCAUGUCUACCUAGGAUGUAAGGAAGAGGACAAUGUCCAGAAGAACUUUGAGCUUCUCUACACAACGCUGGCUCUCAUGACAAUUGAACUAGCCAAUGAAGAAGUGGUCAUUGACCUCAUCAGAGUGGCUAUCGCCUUGCAGGACAUUGCAAUCCUUAACGAAGACAACUUGCCCAUGUUCCAUCGCUGUAGUGUGAUGGCAGUGGUAGCCGCAUACCUCAACUUCCUAAGCCAGAUGAUCGCUGUUCCUGCUUUUUGCCAACAUGUUACUAAGGUCAUUGAAACCAGACAUGUAGAAGCACCCUAUUUUUUACCUGAAACAAUUUUCAGAGAGAAGUGCAACCUGCCCAAGUCCCUGGAGAAGGACGAAACGAGCUUGUUCUUCCUGACCAACCAAAUGGCAGAAUCGCUGGGUGGCAGCGGCUACUGCGUGGAGAGACUGUCUGUGCCAUAUGUACCACUUGUGACAGAUGAAGACAGGUUGUCCAGGAGGAAGAGUAUUGUGGACACCUUGUCAAUUCAGGUAGACCUUCUGCCUGGCUGCAGCCUGGAUGAAAAGGCAAAUAGCACUGAAGAAAUCACCUUUGAGACGCUGAAGCAGGCAAUAGACAACAAUGGGCUUGAGGAACAAGAGAAAGAAAGGAGGCGCCUUGUGAUUGAAAGAUUCCAGAAGGCUCCCUUUGAAGAAAUUGCUGCACAGUGUGAAACCAAGGCAAACUUGCUCCACGACAGGCUGACACAGAUAUUGGAACGCACCAUUCGGCCUCCUCCAAGCCCUUCUGGAACGGUGGCGAUUAACACUGGACACAACCAUUACCGGUCCAUCCCAGUCUACGAGAUGAAGUUUCCUGAUCUUUGUGUGUAUUGAGUGUCCUCUGAAUUCAUCAAAAAGACAGGUGAAUUCUCCAACACUUCUGCUGUGUCCCAGUAAUAGUGCAUUAGUGAUAGAUCUAUACCGGACUUUCCACACGAUUAGUUACUUUAUUAGUAGUUCUGUGAUGUUUUCCCCAGUGUUAACUGCACUAUUGCCAGCUGGAGGGGCACUCAUGCGCUAUUGUGCAACAUGAACAGGACAAGAGAAAGGAAGAGAACAUUUGUGGCAUUAAAAGUUGCAGGAUUUCAGCAUGGAAGCCGUGGGAUAUGCACCGAUUGGAAACAAAGCAGUAUUUCCACCCAAAACAGGCACAAACAGUAUUGAAAGCAAGAUUGCUUAUGAGCACAAAUCUUCAUAAUGAAAAAGACUUCUGGAGGGGUCCUUAUUCAUUCCACUGAAUUCAAGACAUUUUAAAAAAAAAUAUUAUUACUAUUUGGAAGGCAAACCUUUCUUUUGUCCUGCCCCCUCCGAUUUGUUUAUUAUAUCGUAGCAUUUUGUAAUUUUAGACUACAGUUUGCAAGUGUAGUUUGGAUGGGCUCUUUUCUUUUUUAUAACCAUGAGUUUUUCUAACCUGUUUUGACAUAUGUGUUUUUGGCAACACUGAUAUAUUUACAGCACUGGAUAGCUCUUUACUUGCAUAGAAUUUACAUCUCCCAGGGAGGAACUAUGAGAGUUAUAAACAGGCUUGAAAUAUGUUUAAAUUUCUGCGAGUUGUUGGGAUUAGGAAGAUAAUCCAUGCAUGGAAAGGAAGUUGUGAACACACAGUGGUCUGGUUUGCAUGCUAAGCCCAAACCAUUGCUUUGCACAAACAUGUUACAUCCCAGAGACAAUAUUGCAGCUGCAUCACAUCUCCCAAGUCAUUUUACUUCUGCACUGCAUGGAGCUAAGCUAUGGUUUGGCUUAACACGUGGUCAAAACCCAGGCUGCAGACAAGCCACAAGCUGGAAUGAAGGUUUGUCCUAUGGCUUACAAACUGUAGUUUGCCUGAAGAAAGCUAAGCCUGGCUUCAGACAAAAUGUGUAGCCAAACUGUGCUGUAGCUCAGGCAUAGGCAAACUCGGCCCACCAGAUGUUUCGGGACUACAGCUCCCAUCAUCCCUAACUAAAAGGACCAGUGGUCAGGGAUGAUGGGAGUUGUGGUCGCAAAACAUCUGGAGGGCUGAAUUUGCCUAUGCCUGCCUUAGCUGGCAGCAGCAAAACAACCAGUCAGUGUGAAGCGAUUGCAAUAUCCUUUCUGGAAGCCUGGCCACUAAAAUCCCAUCCCAGGAACUGGAGCUGCAUACGAGUAGCAUUUAUUGCUACCAGUUAUCUGUUGGUGGAGUCUGGGAUUCACACCACCCCGAGCGAUUGGCAGCAACUUGACUUGCACAAGAUUGGACUUUCAGCCUGGGAAAACUCACGCAUGGUUCCCUCUGUCACAUGUGUGCUUUGUCUUGUUGGAUCAGCACCCUGGUGCAGGCCGUAAAAGUUUGUAUUCCUUUCAGUGGCAGUGCUCCAUAUGGGACACGGGUGGCUCCAUGGUCUAAACCACUGAGCCUCUUGGGCUUGCCGAUCAGAAGGUCGGCGGUUCGAAUCCCUAUGAUGGAGUGAGC